AAUGUGUUGCGCAAUGCUGAGAGUCAUUGAACACGUCAACUCUAUACCAUUUAGAGAGCGUUUCCCUCGCAUGAGCAAAGCAAUGGCACAAGGAGGGAAGGAGGUACCAAGCAGCGGCGGCGGCGGCGGUGGCGGUGGCGGUGGCGGUGAUGGUGGUGGUGGUGUUGUGGUAGUUGUAAUGUUGGUGGCAGUUGGAAUGAAUGAAAUGAACGAGAGGGGGGCGAGAGAGAAAGCUCAUGCGAACUAA